AAACUGUUGAUCGCAGAGGGCGAAAGCACAGCUUCUUUGAACUUGAAUGGUAGUCUGCGAUGGCUGAUCAUUGCCUGCAGAAAUCUCUUGAAGACGCCAUCAAUGAAUUUAAGUGCUACAAUGUUCGUACGAAAUCGCUAUUUAAGCGGACCGCGAGUUGUUUUCAAGAGAUCUUGGAAAGCAUGGACAUCAGUUCGAGUGAAGCAGAAGACACAAACACAUUAAUUCCCUUUUCUCAACUCGACGAAGUACAAAGAGAGCUAAGGAAAAGCCCUUCUGUAUUUUUCAUUGGCGAAAGAAACUGUGGAAAGAGCUCCAUCAUUAAUGAGCUCCUUCAACAGGGUUCUUUACCCGUGCACGAAAAUCCAUGCACGGCAAGAAUCGUUAGGAUCAAAUACUCCGAUGAGCCAUAUGCCAUUCUUGUCGGAUCGGAUGGCGUAGAAGUCGGCAGAAAGGCGCCAACAAAGGGAAAAAUUCCCGAGGAACUUAUAGUAGUCACUGAUCAUGACCGAGAGAACGAAAAUGCAUUGGACGCGACCGUGGAGGUGGGACUGAAGCACGAACUCCUCCGAAGUGGAAUCCAGCUGAUUGACUCGCCUGGCAAGAGUGAGUCGGACGUGUUGGACACAGUUUUGAAUGAAUACCUGGAGAAAGGCAGUGUGCCCUUGUUUGUCUACGUUAUUGACGGAAACGUACACCUGAGAAAAUCGGUAAGUCUGAGCUGAAUCUUCAAACAUUACUCACAAUGUAAAGUAAUAUUCCUGUACUCAGCGGUACACUAAACUCUUCAAAGUACUCAUUACAGUAAAAAACUACGCACGUUUAUAUAGAGCAAUAGAGUAUUGACUGCACCGCAAGAAACGCCAACAUGCUUGCGUCAGUUUUAAAUGGCCUCAUGAUGUAUUGAAUUUGGAUAGGAUUUGUGGUAAUUUAUUAUCAUUGAUGCGUUUGGAAACUGAUAUUUAUCCCGGAAGUACCACUAGUACACCUAGAUCAUCUUCAGAAUGUACUUCCUUUUUGCUUGAAACCCGUUGUUUGUUUAGUUCGCUUGUCAACAACCAGCUGAGAAACAGACUUGUAAGGGAAAAAAAGAGGAAAUUUAUCAACAUCUGUCGGGCGAGAGCUGAUGCGUGUACAAUGCGAAAAGCGUAAGGCCUGUUUCAAACGUCGUGCUCCUGCCGUGCUAAGCUGGCUCGACUGUAGCUCGACUGCAGCACGACACUAGCACGACUUGGUUUCAUACGUCGAAUUUAAUUCAGUCGAAUAGAACGGCUGUUGCCGAAAACAAAACACAAAAAUAAAGAAACGGUUUAGCAAACUUUUAAAUGUAUCAGUUGUAAUGUAUUUAUAAUUUAUGAAUUGACUUUGGCGGGGCAGUAGCGCGACGUUUGAAACGAAGUCGAGGUACUGCCGUGUAGCACGGCAAAGUUUCACGCUGAAGCUUGCCGUGCUACACGGCAGUAGCACGACUUGGUUUCAAACGUCACGCUACUAACGUGCUAAAGUCGAAUUUAAUUCGAUCAAUUUAGUUCGGCACGGCAGUAGCACGACGUUUGAAACGGGCCUAACCUGUAUAAAUUUGUUGUUUUUGUCUUGCACUAUUGCACAUUCAAAAGCGUUAUGCAUGAAAAAACAUAAUACAUAUAUUUAGCCAGGGCUAAAAGUGUAGCUUCAGUUAAUAAAUUUAUAAUUUAAAUCAAACAAUAUAUAGGCUUGUAAUCCACAAAUCAGUUAACUGGGGAGGUCCAUAUGACUUUUAAGGGUGGGGCUGGGUGAUUUUAGAGAAAAAAUAAUUUGCAAACUGGGCAAGAAUAAACCAACCUCUAAAAUCUUUCAUCGAGUUAAUAGUCUUAUAAGUACACCCAAUAUGAAGCAAUCACCUUUGAUCACAGUGGAUUAGGCGAGGAAAACAAUUUCAAAUUCUUCCUAAGCAAAAUGACCUAUUUGCCCAGCUACUCCACCUUUAUUUUUUAAGGGUAUUUAUUGCAAAGGGCCGAAAUAUAAUUUUAUGCUAUAUAAGCCGUUAAGACACGAUAGUCCUCGGUGGCAGCCAAUUUACACCUUAUAACUUAUAAAGAAAAGGCCAAAAUGAAAAACCAGGCCGAAUUUUUUUGUGUGGCUCGCUACAAGUUUACUUUGCAAAUCUGGUGGUGCGUAAACUAGCUUUAUUACAUCACCUCUGAGGUAAUUCUAAACAGAACUAUCAGGCGUUGUUUGGUUUAUCACUCAGACCUCGGACAGAAUUUAUGAUAUUUCAGUUUGCCCUAUUUUACUCAUAAUUCUGCAGUUUUGUACAGAAUAAUUUUACAAGACAAUUGCACUCAUUCAAUAUUAUUAAAGGACGAUCGAAGCACGCCCUUCCCUUCCACACCAAAUUAUAAAAUGACAACAAAAUAUAGAGACUUCCCCAUUACGGACGGGACUGUUCAGUCAGGUCAUUCUGCUGUUAUGUAGUAUGCAGGGUAAUGCUGGGCUUUGAGCGGAAACUUUCAAAAAAAUCUUAUUUUAAUUAAAUUUCCAAAAUCACCCGUCCACCCUUCCACUUCUGAAUUUUGCCAAGCACCAAACUUGUAUUUUCCUUUGCAUUUUACUUCUAAAACACCAUAUAAAUGUUCAUUUGAUACGCGCAGCAGUUGAGUACUCCUGCAUGCGAUGUUUAUGCUACAACUGAAACUGAACAACAACCGGCAAAGCGAUAAGAAAGAGAUCUUGACAAACAAUCAAGACACAGAAAUAUAAUUCAAUGAUACACUUCAAAGGACAUGUUAUUCACGAAGACAUGAAUUGAGAGUGAAGUGUCUUUGAAAAUCUGGUCAUGAAAUAAAGCCUUAAGGUGGCUGAACACAGUUUUGCGGGCAGUCAGCGGUAACUCGCGUGACCGCGCGUGUUUUUAAUUAGACAAACAAACAUGGCGGCGAAAAAGCAAUGGUACACAGAAGACGAUUUCUCAAAAUCUACUCAUUAAAAUUUUGUGAUAUUUGGCAGAAUUUUUACUUUUAUCGUAUUUUAGAUAAUGAAAACUUUAAAAUGGAGGUUGAACAGACGAAUUUCGUGACACAUUUAAUAAUUACGAUACAAUUAUAUUAAUUGAUUAUCUAAAAGUCCGUCUGUUAAAAUUUGAUCAAAUAAGUUUCAAAUGGUAAUGAUUAGUUACAGUAAGCUGUGUGCAAGAUUAUAGGAAAAUCUAAUGAGCGGAUUUUAUGUAAACUGAACAAAAGUGAAAUUUUAAGGUUGUAUUCAAUCGUUCAUGUUGCCAUGGAAACUACGAAAACGUCAAAUUUUACCUGUCAAUCAAAAUCUUUCAUUAGUAUAUUUUCCACCUGCCAAGUUUCAGCUUGUGAGCUGCAACCUUUCUCUUGCCAUGAUUUGGCAAAUGACAUAGACUCACAAACUGCCAAUACUGUGUUCAGCCACCUUAAGCUCAUUAAGUUUAAGUUUUAAGCCGGCUUCGCAGCGUUUGCUAUUUUUCAAGAUGAACUCGAGGCAGGAAUAGCGCUCAAAGCUUUCUUUUACAACCAAAAGGAUGACUAAACUUCAGAACGUUUUCUUUCACUGAGUCGCGGUCAGAAAAUGUCUAGACUUUUUAAGUUCUGUACUAGGUCAGAUCCCCGUCUCAAAUCUUACAAAUGUGUGUAAAGUGACGGCCGCAUAAACAAUGCUCGACUUCACGAAACCAGAAAAAAAUAAACAUCAAAUGCAAUAUAAUUACUCAAGCUUGCCGGUCGAGAUGCAGCUUGUGAAAGCCAUCAAGUAAGGCCAGAAUCGCUUAAGACUUUUUAACCCUCUUACGCAUCCAGCAAGACGAAGUACUAAGAGAAGCUUAUUUUUGAAAACGAUGAUUUCCGAUUACUUCUUGGAAAGUGGCGCAUUUCUCAACCAAAAACCAAAAAAACACCUGAUUCUUUUUCCCUCCCCACCCCCAGCCCCCCUCAAAGAGGGUACGGUACGGGCAGGCGUACGCUGACGUCACAACCAAUAUUUUCCGGAUUAAAUUUUCUUAGCUAUGGCCAUUUCAGCGGAGUUCCACGCUCACGCGCCCUUCGCGCGGAGCCCUAUAGCUAAGUAAAUCUACCCAUUUCAGAAAUUUUGGUAAUCACGUGACCGUACACCGACCGACCGACCGAUCGACCGCCCGAGCGACUGUCCUUCCGCACCACAGGCAUACCAAUGUAAAACUAGUAAUACUUGACACUACAGCUGCCCCCGUUCUGUAUAUUGUCGGUCAAUAGUAUUCUUGCUGGUUGUGUAGCUCUUUGAAAUAUACCGAUUCAUAAUGAAGAUUUUCACACAUAUUCCAUACAAUAGGUGAGAUAAAUACAGGAAACGCAAGGUUCCAUGCACAGUUUCAGCUCGAUUUACACAGCUUUGAUCAAAACAUUCUCAGUUUCGAGAAUAGUUUAUUCUAAACCAACCUCGUCCCCAGGGCUUUUCCCUUAAAACCACCCAUUUUUUAAGGGAAAAGCCCUGGGGACGAGGUUGAUUCUAAACCAUAAGAAAAGAUUUAAUUAGAAGUUGAAUUUUUCGCUAUUUCUCUUUCCCUUUUUACAUUCAGUUCAUUUUAUUUGCCGGAAAGUAAGCCUUAGAAAUUAAAAGGACGUUUGAUCGAUUCACGCUAGCGCGCAUUCUAGUCUUAUUUGAAACUUUAUAACGGAAGGACAUCUGUGAGCAGGGAAUAAGUCAGCACAGAAUUUGAUUGUCGGCGAAUUUCUGUAAAUGUCCAUCAAUCUGCUAGUGAUAAGCUAGCCCUUGUUCACUCGUCUUGCUUGUUUGGGGCUGAGUCUUAUUCCGGUCAAAGAGAGAGAAGGAGUCUAGCAAGGUUUCCAAUGUAAAUAAAAGAUUUGUGAACUCGUGUCUGACAAACUCUCCAAGUGUUUAUAUAUGCACAGUUAAACGCACCUUAUAACCUCCCCUGCGCUUAACGAGUGUCUUUUGGUCCAUAACUUUCAAAACAACUGCUCCACAGAAUGUCACUGCGUAACGCAAAAGAGUAUCGAAGUAUGACUGCAUGAUAAGUGUCACAAAAUCUACCUGAGCGGUCCUUUCGGGAUUUUCUGUCUUUACGUCAUCCUAACCAUUUCGUAUUUGCGGGCGCAAACAAUAGAAACGUCAUCAUUACCUACCGAUUCCUCGCGGCCCCAGUUCGAGCAAAUCGAGAUUUUUUCUAGUAUAGUGACUGUAUAUUUGAACUGUAAGUACUGUCCUUAAUAUACGCGCGAGUUACUAGGGUACCUCCUCGGGAUUUCGCCUCUGGGCGAAAUGCCUGCGGGGGCAAUAAUUCCGGAUCAGGUAUGGCAACCCAAAUGCAACUUGAGGUUAUUUUGGCGGGAAAUCGCAUAGCCACCCGAGUCUUGUAAAGCAGAGGCAACUAAAGGGUCACACGAAAGGCGAAAACGGAAAGCGGAAAUUGUUUCUGUAUCCGUGUUGUCUGAAGUAUUAAGCUUAGAUUAAUUGUCAUGUCCACAAAUUUGGAAAUAGAGCAAGAGAAGGACAGAGAAAAAGAGAAAGUAGGCGGCAGGCCAGCGCAGCUAAACGAGAAAAAGAGUGACAGAGGUCUAGAGGGAGAGAUAAAUAACAAAGGAGACAUUUUUUUGUUGGAAGAACAACAUGAUAAUUAUGUAGCGGCGGUGAUAAGCAGCCACCAAUGCAAGGUGAAAAUGAGCGGCAGUGAAAAAAAAGUGAAAAAAAAAGUACGACAUUUCCUCCAUAAAACGUGUAACUAAGACCCUGUUUACAUGGAGUGGGGGACCCCGGUCUAGUGGGGUAAGUUUCUUUUGUUUUGUGUCCCCCAGAGCGUGAAAACAAAAGAAACCAACCCCACCAGACCGGGGUCCCCCACUCCAUAUAAACAGGCCCUAAGCAGUUUCAUCUGGAAGUUUCACGUGGUGGUCGUGCAAAACGACGGCCAGGAAAUGUACAAAAAAAGUGUGCUGCACGUGGAAAGUUGCUUUUUUGCUAAUUAGACAUAAUGAUGUUUUUCACCGUUUUCCGGCGUUGCCUUCGCCGCUUAGCAUUACACGAGUUUAUAUUUGUUUUGAACAAACUAUAGAUAUUAUCGAGAGUUUCGCUUUUAGCCCUGGCUAAAUCUAUAUAUUAUUGCAAUAUAAACUAUGCGUUUAAUCUCAAAAGCAAUUUGGGUUACACUUACCCUCUCAUAGAGCAGUCUACGCAAAAACCUCGGCUGAGCAAACACAAAUUGUUCAAAAACUUCGAUUCGUCAGUUCUCUUAAAAGUGCGAAGCCACAUGACGCUCCGUAAUGGAGAAAACGGAGAAAAAGUACUCGAAGCAAAGAAGAGCAUGCGGUGUGAGGUCCGUACCACCAGAUGUUUGGCUUUGCGUCAGUGAUGCGUACACAGGGUUCCCGCAGCUUUCUCCCGGACAUUCCCGAGUAUGACACCUGUAAUUUGGUGGCCAGAGCACUGGGAUCGAGAAUGGGAAACUCUACGAUCUGGCUGCCUGGCCCCGGUUGUUCAAAAGCUGGAUAGCGCUAUCCACCGGAUAAAUCACUAUCCAGCGGAUACGUAUUACGGGAAACAAUUGUGUUAUCAGCUGGAUAGUGAUUUACCCGCUGGAUAGCGCUAUCCAACGUUUGAACAACCGGGGCCUGGUCCUCACAGCGCAUGCUAUUCUAUCCAAAACCCAAAAUUUGUUUUCGAGGUCAAGCGUUUUCUACGGUGAAUCAACUUUUCCGUCUUAUCAGUCCCUAGCCUAAGACACUUUUAACCGAAUUUAUGAAAGACCAAAGCAAGGGAAACAAUUUCAACAGUCCCGUGGCUCGCACCCAUACGUACCCUGCGUUAUUUAUGGCACAGGCGCUCUUCUGGCGGUAUCUCGCCCCAUGUAAAAGAAAGCGGGUAAUUUUUGCUUGUGGAACAGCUCGUGGAAUCCGGAGUUCCACUUACCAUUGGAAUCCAGAAUCCAAGUUCUACUGACAAAGACUGGAAUACAGUAGCUAGAAUCCGGAAUCCACUGCGUGGAAUUCAGAAUCCAAAACCGCUUGGAUUCCCUUACAUGGGACGAGGUAUCGAAUACGAACUUUUAAAUAAACUAAACGAGUUAGCUCAACUGUCCAUAAAACACCGUGUCGAGGUCAUCAAGUCCGUUGUUUUUUGUUUGGUUGUUAAUUUGUCUUGUUUCUUUUCGCUGCUCAUGUAAGGUAAUCCAAGGCAGUCUUGGAUUCUGGAAUCCAGGCCGUUAAUUCUGGAUUCCAGAUACUAAAUUUUGGAAUCUUUGUCAGUGCAAGGUGGAUUCUGGAUUCCGAUUAAUAGCGGGAUAUCCGGAAUCCCGAUAACCUUAUAUAGGGCGACUUUUCGGUUUAGUUUUACCCAAUACAUACCACAGAAAACCAAGAAAAAGAUAGGAUCCCGACUCGAAUCCUGGUCGGCCACGGUGUUCUAAAGAAAUUCCCUUUUGCCCGGCAAACGGCUUGGUCUUUGUGUGGCUCGGAUGACCACCAAGUAAUGGUGGUCCUUUUACCAGUAGGAAACGCAAAAACAGUGGUCACAAUUUGAAGGAAGAACUGCGAUGGGUUGCUAACAAAAUGGAGACACUUCCGUCUAUGCUUUCGAAUUCGUCACUGAUAAUCUGUCCACAAACCGUAACUCAAAAAAUUAAUUAAAAAUUAUAGCUUUAUGUAUAUUUUGUUUGAGUGAGUGGUGGAAGGAAGGAACGUUUUAAGGUGGAUCAGAGAGGCCGCAGAAAAAGCCGCAUGAAAGCGCUUUAAGUAAUAACAUUUUGUUCUUCAUUUUUUUUAAUUUAAGGAUAAAGAAACCGUCAGCUUCUUGAAAAACAAAUUUCCUCAGUGUCUCAUCAUAUUUGUAUGCAACAAGGUAGACAUCACUAAAGAAGCGCAAGAAUCUGACGAAGAUUCCGAUGAGAGCGACGACAGCGAUGACGAAGAAAGCAGUCUUGACAAAGGAGAGGUAGUUUUCAGUCAAUUGAAAGAAAGAAACUUUCUCACGGAAAAUUCAUCGAAAACAUGCUCUUUAUAUCACGCGAUUUCCGCAAAGGCAGUGAGAAAUGAAAGAUUGAGUUCUCAAAAGUCAGAGGCAACCGAAAGGUUUAACCGAUUUUCGUCGUGUUUGCAGCAUCUUCUUGGGAAAGUCAUGAAGACACAGACCAGGCAGGUUGUUCAAAAACUUCUUGUUCUUCAAGAAAGCUUUGUAAACAUAGUCCAGGUGCAGAGAACUGUCAUCACAGAGAAAGCGUCUCUUUUGCCGCAAGUUGUUAAGAAAGGCAAUGACAUAGAAACGAAAAUUUUCAAAUCACUUUCACGGCUUACUUUCGCCUCAGAUGCUGCCAAAGAAAGACUCGUGGAUAGUAUAGGACUUCUAAAAGCAGAAUGUGUAAAAGACGCGGAAGUCUACAAACCAGUCAACCUCCGACAUCUUAGAAAUGACGCCCAAAAGAUGGUUAAAACAGACCUUCCUGAUCUCUCGGCUGAACUCACUACACUACUUAGUACAAACGACAUCGGUUUUCAGCGAUUCCUGAGUGAUAUGAGAGGAGGCAUUCUGGAAAAGAUGUGUAAUUCACUUGGGCGUUUUGUCGAGGCGACAAUGAAUGAAAUGGUUAGUGACCUGACCGAGGCUAUAAUUGCAUUCAAUGAAGAACUGGCCCAUCCCAUGGUCUCUCGCAUUCUAGAAGAGAGCUAUGACAUUCAGUUCCUGGCAGUCAAAACAGAAGCUGAUGAACUGAUUCAAAGUGUUUUAAACGGACUACUUGAUUCUAUUAAAGAGGCCGUUAGCAUUGCUCUGAGACGAGAAAUUUCUGAACCCCUCAGUGCAAUAGAUACGUCAAGUUACACCAACGAAGACGUUAACAAAAAGGAGACUCGCGAGGUCAUCGUGUCAUCUUUUCUUGAGACAAUUGACGAGGAGCGAGUGGCAAAAGCAGUCCACGAGGCCUGUUGCAAUCGUCUCACGAAAAUGCACGAACUGUUUAGCACAGCCGUGUCCUCGCUUUCCUCCUUGCAGAGAAAUUUUGCGCACUGCCCGGUGGCAUCUCGGCUUGAACUGUUUCGUGUCCGUUAUACUCCUGAGAUACGCACUCUGGCUGUUGAAGGAAUGGCUCUGCAGAACAUGCAUCAUAGAGGGCCUGUAGAACUGGGCUCAAUGAUUGCCAAGACACGGAAGGGAGUCAUUUAUGAUUGCAUAAGUGAGCGCUGGUGCAAGGUUUCACCAAGUGGACAAUGCGCAGUAAAGGUGCUAGAAAAACGAAGCUUGGGCGAGGCUAUCUGGAAACAGACUGCCGUGGAUUUAGUCAAUAUGAUGUAAGUUAUGCCUUUAAAUUGCAUUGUUACUCUGCAUUGUCCUAGAGCUGGAACGAUUUACAAAGAGUUUGGUAAUUUGAUGUUAUUGUGAAGGGGUAAUUACUGUUAAUUCAGUGAACGUUCGCGAUUGCUGACAAUCAAUUGUCACGACCCGUAAAUUACUCUCCUAGAAUGAUUAGAAUGUAAUCCUCUCAUUGCCAUUUACUUUUACAAAUUGCCACGUAGUGCUCUCAUAAAAAUGAGAGGGGCUGAAAGGGACUGUCUUAAUGAGACAUCAUAGUCUUCUCAAUAGCACAGAAGAUACAUAAAAAAUUGUUAAAUAACAUAAGCUCAUUUAAUGCCAAGGUCUGAGCUUAGAGUUGGUUCUACAUGUACAUAUUCACCAGGCCCCGGUGAAAAGCUGGAUAGCCCUAUCCACCACCAAUCUAGUGUAUAGCGCUAUCCACCUUUUGAACGACUGGGGGCAGAUGUUUUUGUUCUUUGGAAAUCUUCCAUUUCGUUCCUUGCUCCUGUAGGGACAUGAUUCAGAAACACCACGGAUCUCAUCCAAACCUGUUACGCCUGUUUGGCUGGGUCUUCCCUCAGCCUGAUGUGCUGCACGUGGUUAUGGAAAAGGCAGAAAGAGGUCUGCUGUCCGCUCUCCAGAGCGGAUUACCACUACCCAUUAGGAUGAACAUUGCGGUGGAUGUAGCUAAAGGUCUAAAGGCCAUCCAUGAGAUCAAUUACAUUUACAAGGACUUAAAGCCUGAAAACGUCUUGGUAAGAUUAGAAGCUCUUCAUCCCUAAUAAUGGUCAAAGUUCAAGGAAAACGUUUUGUUUUGUAAAAUCCUCGAUAGCAAAAUAAUAAGUUCCGUGCAAAAGUUUUGCCACAGUGGGUUUGAGUUAAAUUAAUAACACCAUAGAAAUUCGUCGGUAGACUCAAAAGCCAGAAUAACGGAAUAUCUCGACUUAAGUCAUUUUAGCUCGAUUUUAGCAGUGAUAUGAAUAAGCUUUUCUUUGAGCUUGCAUUAGGAGACGCAUUCAUAAUAAGGUUUUAGUAGAUAUAGGACCAGACAGGAGCCUUUGAGAAGUCGUUCAGACGUGUUUGUGCGUUUCUGGAUCGAUUUGGAAUUCAAAAUAUUGGUUUCUAAAGGGAGAGGGGCAUCGGCGUGCCGGGGGAAAAAUCUCUCGGAACUAGAAAGAAGUUGCAAUCUGGGCCAAAACGGUAGGACGGGAGCUGCUCUAACCACGUAUAGCGCCACCCUUGGGACCCAAACGAGUCGGAGCGGACAGAGAUGGGGAAGGGGAAAGGGCAGGAGGUGGGAGUUCUCAUUGGGUGGGAAGCGGAAGACAUAGGGGGAAAUUAGUCAACGUUAUGCUAAAUAUUUCAUAACCGAAAAGGGGCUGAAGGGAGGAAGCCAAGGAAAGAGGAGCGAGAGGUUUGGACACCCUGUCCCUCCCCUACCCCGUCCCUCCAAUCGACUGAUGUUAGUGGUAAUUAAAGUAUAACUUAAGGUUUUUUUUAUCUUUUUAGUUGAUGUCUGAUGGAACAGCCAAGAUCAACCUCACCAAACCCGAAUUCCCGUACGAGAUGACUUCACUUGGCGCGCCAUUCCAUAUCUCACCAGAAAUGUACCAGCACCAUGGUACAGGCCAGCUGAGUUACCCGUCGUACGACGUCUAUGCAUUUGGAAUUCUGUUAUGGGUGCUUUGUGAGGGAUCGGGAAAGACACGGCCAGGCGUGUACCGGCACCUGGAAACUAUCGAGGAGAUGAAGGAAGCAGUGGAGAAGAAAAUCUUUCCAAAGAGGUUGCCAGAGAUUACCGAUGCAUGCUGGGAUUUGAUGUGGAGUUGUUGGGAUCAAAGAGAAACUAUUCGUAUGGACAGUGUUGUCGAAAUUAUGGAAGGAAUAAAGAGGAGAUGUUGGGCAGAAUCUUAGAAAUUGCUUUGGAGCAUUCAGACAGUCCAUGCUUAAAACAAGGAAAUGAGACCUGAAGUGUUCUCCGGUAAGAUACUCAGAUGGUCUGACGUCGCAUGCUGGAAGUGUAAGCCAGGGACUUCUGACCAUUUGAGAAUCUCUGGCUAGUUCUAGACUCACGUGUAGAUCACGUGUGAUCCCUUUGUAAGAGUUCGGAACAUAAUAAUCUACUUGUAUUUCAGGUUGUUGUUUAGAUACCGUCAAUUACCACUAUUUAUUGUGGUGUCAGUAUGGUGCGUCCUUGACAGGUAUAAAUUAGUGAGAAAAGAUUUAGAAUAAUAGGCCAAUGUCACUUGCAGAGUGAUAGACACAAAUUUAUUAUCAUCGACUAAGUCAUCGUAAAAGAAAGCGGCAGAAACUGACGAUCCGAGCGCUACCCCUUCAUCACAGCAAAUUAAGGGAUUGUGGGUUGACUGUGAUACAUAAAUCCAAAGGCGAAGCUACAGUUCUCAUAGUGGAACAGAAAACAAGCCUUUCAUUUAUUGUUAACUUUUCAUUAGAAGCUUCGAUAAUAAUUCCACCGAGUUCAAUACACUGCAUAAAAAUUCACAAACGUUUGGUUUGCUCAAACGAAGGCUAAGCGCUCGAAAGGUCUGUGUUUAUAUCCUUACAUACCCUGGAUAUAUGUGACAAAAUUUUUUCUUCUUUCUGCGAUACUAUACGCUCGUAGGUUAAUGUCAUAAUAGUUUUUACAUUUUGAAGGAUCGCGCUUUAGAUAGAUUAGAAGCAUUUUAUUACUUUGCCUUUGUAGAUGUGCUGAGAGUAACCAUAGUUAGCUAAAAGUGUAUACGCAAAUGUUAUAAAAAAAGUUUCGCAAUGGGUCGGUUCCAAAUCAGACGGCUUCAUUGAGUCUAGGGUUGCGCAAUUUUUUAAAAUUUUAGUGUGGGAAGAGAGAAUUUAUUCAAUGAAGAGCUAAUAACUGCAAUUUAGUUUUUUUGUGGGCGCGUUUGGAAGCUUUAAACCAGAAUUAUAGCUAUAAUUGUUUGUAUAUAUUUGAAACAUUUAAUUAAUGUGCAACACUUACAUACUUUAUGCUUUUCAGAGACGUAAUGGUUGUAAUUUUGCUUAAUCAAUAGAAGCGCGUGAGACUGAGGGUUUUUUAUUUUACCCCGUCUAUUGUUUGUUUGUUUUCUUAAUGUUUGAAAACUGGUAUCAUUUACGUUUACAACUAGUUAAAAAAUAGACUGAUUUUGUAAACUAGAAAGAGAGAUCAUUUCUUUCAUUUUUUUCUAGCGAGUUGAUAAACAAAUCUAGAAAUGUGUCUUUAUCAACCAUAGCCUUUUUGACAGUAUUAAAAACGUAAUGAUAAUAUUUGUUCUAUAAGAAGCAGAUCCGCAAUUGACAAUAUGUUGUGCCCGAGUGAGGCAAACAUCCUCCAGCCAAAAGAGAAGAUAAUGGUCCCAUGAUCCUCUCUUAACAACCGGCCGUUACCAGCAGUUUUUCGUGGUUUGUCAUUGGCGAGCAUGUCAAGGUAACGUUGUGAUCUCCAGACCAAUCAAACUGUAGAAAAAGAGUGUGAAUGACAAUCCACUCAGGGGUAACGGCAGCCUCAAUUGCUUCAGCUAAAUCGUUAAAGUGUAUUUUUGUAUUAAAUUGUAAUUUGUUUACCCACGGAGCACUUAGGAGUUCAUGUGUCCGUGCGUUCCAGAUCGAAUUGGAAUUUGGAAGUGUUGGUUUUUAAGGAGGGGGAAAACCGUAGUACCCGGAGAGAAACCUCUCGGAGCACGGGAGAGAACCAACGACAAACUUAAACCACGCAUGGCGUCGACGCCAGGAUUCGAACCCGGGCCACAUUGGUGGGAGACGAGUGCUCUUACCACUGCGCCACCCUUGCUCCCGAAAGAGUUUAUCUUUGUUUUUUAGUUGACCGUUUCGAUGAUCGUUGGUAGUUCGUUUGUAUAACACCCAAAGCUAAUUUUAUCCUGACCAGUUAAUGUAUUUCUUCGUUAUGUUGUAUAGUAAAGUACCAUUAUAGUGUACUGGCGGAG